AUGGCGUUGAGGAUCAGCAUAAUAGUAUAUGUAGUCCUCCAGUUCAUCGCGUUCUUUUUCGUGCUGGUGGGUACGCCGCUCGACAUGUUUCGCGCCGCGGUUGAGGAGUUUAACUUCUCCCAUGUCUGCGUGACGUUGUGGGGUGCGAAGUUGGGUUGUUAUAACAGCUCGUACCUCGUCACGUCGGACGAGUUGUGGGUGAAUUGCACGGCGCGCCGCGACCGCUUCCGCGCUGCUCAGGCGUUGGCUGUCAUCUCCAUCUUCGUGUACGGCGCGGCGUUCGUCUUGGGCGUCCUUCUGCUGUGCUGCUGCUCGAUCCUCCGCUGGGUGUGCCUGGCUGUCAACAUCGUGGGCGUCUUCACGUUGGUCGUCGUCUGGGUGGCCAUGGUGGUGACCUACUACGCAAGUGAGAAUACAUAUUGCCCGAAUCUCAAUCUUUUCUUCAACUAUGGAGCCGGGUUCGCUCUCUUCUUGGUGGCCUGGUGCCUGGACAUCAUCAACAUCUUCUUAUUGGUGAUCCGGGGGGAAGAUGAGAAGGCUUGUGCAAACGAGAAUCCGGAGUUCUAUACAAGGGGCGGGCAGGAGGAAAUGAAGUGA